AUGGGAGACGAAAUAAAUUCUAAAAGAAAACAAGACCAGCAACAAAAUAUUCAGAAACGCAGACCUAAUAAAAACUAUGCGUUAAAAAAACGUCUUCCUUUACGGCCUAAAGAAGGUGAUAAUGUAAUAUUCAUUACUAAGAAAACUAAUUUUAAGGCUCAGUUGGAUAAAUGUUGUGACCUGCUGACAAAAGGAGAAAAAGAUAUAAUAUUGCAUGGUCUUGGAGCAGCAAUACAAAGAUGUUGUAAUCUAGCUCUUCAAGUAGAAGCAUUAUUUGCUGGAACAUGUCAAAUUGAAGUUAAUACAGGAACUGUCGAUUUAGUAGAUGACUUGGAACCAUUAACUGACGAUUUAGAAUUUGGUGCACAAGUAAGGCACUCUUCUUCAAUCCACAUUCGGAUAUUUAGGACUGCUUUGCUUGGAGCCAACUAG